UAGACACACAUGCCGGCUUCCCCAAAAUAUCAACUACUACAGUUCUCGAAUAGCUUCAGUCCCCAGCAAAAACAUCCAUGGCUUCCACCUGAAUCAUUAAUCCUAAUCCAUCUCUCUUUUCUCAUUCUCUGCAUAAAAAAUCGCCCUAAUUGGCUUGGCACUGAUAGAAUAUUUUGAUUGAAUAAAUAAGUAUAAAGCAUAAGCGCCCCUCCCAUUCAAGUAUCAGAAAGAUGGCGGCGGCGGCUCCGGGGCAGCUGAAUCUGGAGGAGUCGCCUUCAUGGGGGUCUCGUAGCGUUGAAUGCUUCGAGAAGCUUGAGCAAAUUGGUGAAGGAACUUAUGGCCAAGUAUAUAUGGCCAAAGAAAGAAAAACUGGAGAAGUUGUUGCGUUAAAGAAGAUACGCAUGGACAAUGAAAAAGAAGGGUUCCCUAUAACUGCCAUUCGUGAAAUAAAAAUUCUAAAGAAGCUGCAGCAUGAAAAUGUUAUUAAACUGAAAGAGAUUGUGACCUCUCCUGGUCGCGAGGCAGAUGAGCAAGUGAAUCAUGAAGGUAAUAGAUACAAAGGCAGCAUUUACAUGGUUUUUGAGUAUAUGGACCAUGACUUGACGGGACUUGCUGAUCGUCCUGGACUGAGAUUUACAAUUCCACAAAUCAAAUGUUAUAUGAAGCAGCUGCUUACUGGCCUUCAUUACUGUCAUCUCAAUCACGUGCUUCACAGAGAUAUCAAAGGCUCCAAUCUGCUCAUAGAUAAUAAGGGAAACCUGAAGCUAGCAGAUUUUGGGCUAGCACGAUCAUUCUCCAAUGAUCACAAUGCCAAUCUCACAAAUCGAGUAAUUACUCUCUGGUACAGACCUCCAGAGUUGCUUCUUGGAGCUACGAAGUAUGAUUCAGCAGUAGACAUGUGGUCCGUUGGCUGUAUUUUUGCUGAACUUUUGCAUGGAAAACCAAUCUUACCUGGAAAAAAUGAGCCUGAACAAUUGAACAAGAUCUUUGAACUCUGUGGCACCCCUGAUGAGAUUAAUUGGCCUGGUGUUUCCAAGAUUCCCUGGUAUAACAAGUUCAAACCAGCAAGGCCAAUGAAGAGGCGAAUUAAGGAGGUCUUUAGACAUUUUGACUCCCAUGCUUUGGAGCUACUGGAUAAGAUGCUGUGUCUUGAUCCUUCCAAGAGAAUAUCAGCACAGGAGGCACUGGUUGCUGAGUAUUUCUUUGUGGACCCGCGGCCAUGUGAUCCAAGGAGUUUGCCAAAGUAUGAAUCCUCACAUGAGUUCCAGACAAAGAAGAAAAGACAACAGCAACGACAAAAUGAAGAAAUGGCCAAAAGACAGAAGGUGCAACACCCACAUCAACAUGCUCGCCUGCCUCCUAUCCAACAAUCUGGGCAAGCAAAUCCUCAACAUUGGGCUGGACCAAAUCAUCCUAUGAAUCCAUCCCAACCGCCACUAUCAUCAGGACCCAGUCAUCAUCAGUAUGGGAAGCAGCAUGGUCCUCCGGGAGGCCCUAGUCGAUACCCUCCUGGCGGAAACCCUAGCAGUGGCUUUUAUCCAGAUCGUGGGAGCCAAGGAGGAAGUUAUGGCAGCGGUGCAUAUCCAGCCCAGGGAAGAGGACCACCGUACCCUGGAAGCAGUUUGCCUCCGGCUGCUCAACGAGGAGCUGCCAGUGGAUAUGGUGCUCCUCCUAAUUACUCCCAAAGUAAUCAGUAUGGAGGCUCUGGUGCUGGCAGACCCAAUUCCAUGGCUGGUAACCGGAACCAGCAGUAUGGUUGGCAGCAAUAGAGUUGUAGAUCAAAGUAGGAGCUAGAUAUCAGGGAGUCAGUAGAGUUGCCAGCAAAGGUAAAGAUUGCACAUGACUGCAGCCACAGGUUUCUCAUAAGAGGUAUGGCUGAUUAAGUCAAGAUCCUGUACAGUACAGAUGCUGUUUCAUUGACAGUUAAUUUUUUUUUUUUAUUGAAACUGGUUGAAGGAUUCUCUUCAUCAAUCAAAGGUACAAAAUUUUGUUGGUUAGACAUUUUGGAGUAUGAUUUUUCCUUUGGAAUAACAGAUGAAGCCCUUUUUUAA